AUGACCGACUCAAAGUACUUUACUACAACGAAAAAGGGCGAGAUUUUCGAACUGAAGUCGGAGCUAAACAGUGAUAAAAAAGAGAAGAAGAAGGAGGCAGUCAAAAAGGUUAUUGCUUCAAUGACCGUUGGCAAAGAUGUCUCAGCAUUAUUCCCGGAUGUUGUGAACUGUAUGCAGACUGAUAACUUGGAGUUGAAGAAACUUGUCUACCUAUAUUUGAUGAACUAUGCCAAGUCACAACCUGACAUGGCCAUUAUGGCCGUGAACACAUUUGUCAAGGAUUGUGAGGACUCGAACCCGUUGAUCCGAGCCCUGGCAGUCAGGACUAUGGGUUGCAUUCGGGUGGACAAGAUCACCGAGUAUCUAUGCGAACCGCUCAGGAAAUGUUUGAAGGACGAAGACCCGUAUGUCAGGAAGACGGCUGCUGUCUGUGUUGCUAAACUGUAUGAUAUAUCUUCGAGUAUGGUGGAGGAUCAGGGUUUCCUAGACCAACUGAAGGAUUUGCUGAGUGAUUCAAAUCCCAUGGUGGUAGCCAACGCGGUUGCUGCGUUAUCUGAGAUCAACGAAGCUAGUGUUUCUGGACAACCUCUUGUUGAGAUGAAUGCCCCUACAAUCAACAAGCUCCUGACAGCUUUGAACGAGUGCACUGAAUGGGGCCAGGUGUUCAUUCUGGAUGCUCUAUCCAAUUACUCGCCAAGAGACUCGAGAGAGGCUCACUCCAUUUGUGAGAGAAUCACGCCCAGACUGGCUCAUGCCAAUGCAGCUGUUGUGCUAUCUGCCGUUAAGGUUUUAAUGAAACUAAUGGAGAUGGUGUCAGACGACACUGAGCUGGUGAGUACACUGUCCCGGAAGCUGGCACCGCCGCUGGUGACGUUGCUGAGUGCUGAGCCCGAGGUUCAGUACGUAGCGCUCAGGAACAUCAACUUGGUUGUGCAGAAGCGACCUGACAUAUUGAAACAUGAGAUGAAGGUAUUCUUCGUGAAAUACAACGAUCCUAUCUACGUGAAGCUCGAGAAGCUGGACAUUAUGAUCCGUCUGGCUUCGCAAGCCAAUAUCGCGCAAGUGCUGGGUGAACUCAAGGAGUAUGCCACUGAAGUAGACGUAGACUUCGUGAGGAAAGCUGUCAGGGCUAUCGGAAGGUGUGCCAUUAAGGUGGAACCAUCAGCUGAGCGCUGCGUAUCGACACUACUGGAACUGAUUCAAACCAAGGUGAAUUAUGUCGUACAAGAAGCCAUAGUGGUGAUCAAGGAUAUCUUCCGGAAGUAUCCUAACAAGUACGAGAGUAUCAUCAGCACACUGUGCGAGAAUCUCGACACUUUGGAUGAGCCUGAGGCUAGGGCAUCUAUGGUUUGGAUCGUCGGUGAAUAUGCUGAGCGUAUCGACAACGCUGAUGAACUGCUUGAUUCUUUCCUGGAAGGCUUCCACGAUGAGAAUGCACAGGUGCAACUACAACUAUUGACUGCUGUAGUUAAGUUAUUCUUGAAGCGUCCAGCAGACACUCAAGAGCUGGUGCAACAUGUGCUCAGUCUUGCCACACAGGACUCUGACAAUCCUGACUUGCGGGAUCGUGGUUUCAUCUACUGGCGUCUUCUGUCCACGGAUCCCGCAGCCGCCAAAGAAGUGGUGUUGGCCGACAAGCCGCUCAUCUCAGAGGAAACUGAUCUCUUGGAACCCACGCUGUUGGACGAGCUUAUAUGUCACAUCAGUUCACUGGCUUCCGUGUACCACAAGCCACCCACUGCUUUUGUUGAAGGUCGCGGCGCGGGCGUGCGCAAGUCGCUGCCGGCGCGCGGCGGCGCGGCGCCCGACGAGGCGCAGGCCCCGCAGCCCACCGUCAUACCCAACCAGGAGUCUCUGAUCGGCGACCUGCUGUCGAUGGACAUCGGCGGGCCUCCCCCCGCGGCCCCCGCACCCACCUCAAACCUCGACCUGUUGGCGGGAGGACUCGAUGUGUUGCUGGGCACGGGCCCGGAGCCUGUGGCGGCCGCCUCAGGCACUACGGGGCUGCUGGGCGACAUCUUCGGCGUCAGCGCCGCACCUGCCUCCUACGUGCUGCCCAAGCAGUGCUGGCUGCCCGCCGAUAAAGGGAAAGGCUUGGAGAUUUGGGGUACAUUCACCCGACAGAACGGUCAACCGCGCAUGGAGAUGACAUUCACCAACAAAGCCAUGCAGGCCAUGAGCGGGUUCGCGAUACAAUUAAACAAGAACAGCUUCGGCGUGUUCCCAGUGGGGGGCCUGGCCGUGGGCGCGGUGGGCGCGGGCGCCAUGGUGGAGGCGCCGCUGGCGCUGGCCACCACCGGGCCCGUGCAGCGCAUGGAGCCGCUCAACAACCUGCAGGUGGCGAUAAAGAACAACGUAGACGUAUUCUACUUCGCCUGCCUCAUCCCCGUCCACAUCCUCUUCAUGGAAGACGGACAGCUAGAUAAACGCGUAUUCCUCUCCACGUGGAAAGAAAUCCCUGCCGCAAACGAAGUCCAGCACUCGCUCACCAACGUCGUAGGCAACGCUGACAGCAUCGCACAAAAGAUGACUCUAAACAACAUUUUCACAAUCGCGAAAAGGAACGUAGAAGGUCAGGAUAUGCUGUACCAGAGUCUGAAACUAACCAACAACAUAUGGGUGUUAUUAGAGCUGAAACUACAGCCGGGCAACCCCGAAGCGACGCUUAGUUUGAAGUCCCGGACGGUAGAGGUCGCCUCCUGUAUAUUCCAAGCGUACGAAGCUAUCAUCAAGUCGUAA